CCAGCCAACCAGGCAAUACAAAAUGUUCUCUCUUCUAACUUUGGUAGUUUUCCUCAUCGGGUAUUCAGACUCAGCUCCACAGAAGUAUAAUCAAGAGAAUCCAGGACCUAUGCCGUAUGAGUUCUCGAAUAGAGUAAGCAAGAAGAUAGCUGAACCAGAGGGAAUAUACUGGACUCAAGAUGAAUCUGCUUCCCAGGAUAAUCCUGGCCGUGUAGAAGGAUCCUACUCUGUGUGGCAACCAGAUGGUAGAUUGAUGACAGUAUCCUACUAUAUAGAUGGAGAUUCAGGUUUUGUGCCUACUUUUACCUAUACGGAUGGUUAUGUACCAAACUGGGACGAAGAAGACUAGAUUCAAUGAGAAUACAUCAUAACAAAGGAUGAAACUUCUAAGACGACAUGUAUCUCAUAUUUUAAAAACUUAUUUCUCUUGUUAAAGGGACUGCAGAAAGCGUAAUUUCAAGUUACCCUCCAUGUUACCCUCCAUGUUACCCUCCAUGUUACCCUCCAUGUUACCCUCCAUGUUACCCUCCAUGGCAUAAGAUGGCAAUGACCGAUUCACAACGAUACUCUUUUCUUUGUCUGAUCAAGUAUGAAUUAUAAAUUAAUGUUUACAAUUUCGAA